CGUGUGUUAACGGCUUGAGCACAAAGCCACCACUGCUAAUGUUAUGUGUAAAACUUAUCUUUUUGAACAAAUGAACCCGAAAAAAAAAAACGCUUAAUGUUUGUGUAGCAGAAGAGAGAUUGUAAGGACUUCAAGAAAACAAGUGUAAGAGUGUCAGGUGAGACUAUGGAUCUCGAGCAACUUCUUUCAAAUCUGAAGAGGGACAUUCGCUGUCUCCUCGUCUCCUCCAAAAAUGGCCUUUCUCCAGAGGAGCUCAGGAAGGACUACCAGAACAUGCUGGGUCACCCCAUACCCCUCAAGUGCCUCGGCUUUCGCUCUGUACUCGACAUGGUUAAGGAAAUGCCCGACGUUGUGCGCUUGAGCUCUGGCUUAAAUGGCACUAUAGUGUUAAAUGCAAUUGGGAAUGAGACUACGAAAGGUAUAGAAGAGCUUGUGUACAAGCAGCGAAACCACAAGCCCAAGUCAAAAAGUGGUGGUACACGAUUGUUCUCAUCACGUUCCAUCAUUCCACAUCACUCACCUGUCCUUCCUCGCCGAGGCCAUGCACCCUCUAAUCUCCCUGCUCAACUGCGGUCACAGCUCAGGCAGUUACUAAGCCAUGGCCCCAUAGGGCUCUCCGAGCUGGAGAGGUGCUUUGCACUCCGUUUUGGCAAGCCUCUACGUGUAAUGCAUUAUGGUUUCUACUCCAUUGUGGAGAUGUUGGCUGCUGCCUCGGACAUGAUCACGGUGAGGCAGACUCGCAUGGGCUCACAGCUGAUAUUAAAGCCCGACAUCACAACAGUCAAACAGAUGGGCAGUAGUACUGUUGCACUCCCUAAACAGUCUGCAGGAAUCUCCACAGGAGUGUCCACUGGUGCAGUGCGAGAAUCACCGAAGCUCCAUGACAUCCAGCCUGAAGUCCAGCAGAAGCCCAAAAUCCCUGCAGCCAUCAGAGUACAGGAGACUGAACCAAUGCAGGAAAAGUCAUUUGAGAAAUCUGUUGCAAAGCUUGAGGAGGGGUUUAAGAAGGAUAUUAUUGAAAAUGGAGAUGCAGGCACGGUCAGUCAGGAACUGAAAGCGAAGCUUCGAAAGGUUGUUGCUGAGCACAGACAAGGCAUGGUCAUUCACAGUCUUCCUACUGAGUACAAGAAAAUGCAUGGUGAAGACUUGCCCCUGGCCCAGUGUGGCUUCCUGAGUGUAACUGAGAUGGUUGAAGCCCUCAGCGACACGUUCUGUGUGCAGCCAAGCCCUGAGGAAGGAGCAAAGCAUUUAAUCAUCAUGGAGCUCAAACCAAAUGAUCAACCAGCUUUGUCGUUGAACCCCUCCACCGAGGAACACUUCUUCAGCAGCAAUGAGACAGCUUGGGAUUGUCAGAGUGAUGGAGGAGAGCCCAUGGAGUCUUUAGAGUCUGACACAGAAAUUGAAAUCGCCAACAAGGUCAUCCAUCAGACGGUGAACAGUUUUCCAGAGACGGAUUUAAGAUGUAGCUUCAUGGUCCCUCUGGAUGCACUGCGAUGUCAGAAGCUAAAACCUCCCACUCGCUGGAGAAACAGGGAGCUGAUUCCUGUAGUGGUGGAGUGCAUUGAGUCACCCAGCCACUUUUACAUCCGCUUUGAUGAAGACCAUGCAGCCCAUGAUCUAGAGAAGCUGAUGUUUGAAAUGAGGAGCUGCUAUUCGUGCCCAGAGGUGGCUCAACGCUACUGUCUUCCAGAGACAUAUGUGCGACCUGGACAGGUGUGCUGUGUGGCCCCAGACGACAUGUGGUUCUACCGAGUGGUGAUCCACCGACUCCUAAGUCCCUCAGAGGUGGAAGUGUACUACGUGGACUUUGGAGGCCUUACUACCGUCAGCAGAAACAAGCUGCAAUUCCUGAAGUUAGACUAUGCUCAGCUUCCAGCUCAAGCUGUUCCAUCUGUACUUGUUGGAGUAAAGCCAGUUAAGGGUAUUUGGUCUAAAGAAGCCUCCAGCUCGUUCCAGAAGCUGUGCUAUGACCGCACCCUGGUGGCUGCCAUUCACAGCUACCAGAGAAACUUCCUGCUGGUUUUCUUGUGUGACACUCGCACUGAGGAAGAUCUCUACAUCCAUAGUGCUCUACAAGCCGAGGGUCAUGCUAUAGCCUGUGAUGUCGCUAACAUGCCAGUUUUAGAGCAGUUCAACCCAGUGACUCUUUACCUUGGUGAAGGCCAGUUAAAAGAAGUAAAGGAAGAUUUUGCAACAGUGAUGUCUUCUUUUAGUGUCAAAAAUGGACAAAACCUUACACAACAGCUUCAGCCAGAUGAUGCCACAGCUCGUAGUCAGCUUUUGACAGACAGUGUAGCGAACCAACAGCAUUGCCAAGAAAUGGCUCUUCUGGAUCUUCCUGGGCUGGAAUUCAUUAAUGUGGCUCAGGGUGAAAAUUCUUACCCCUUUGAAGCACUGAUGAAUAAAGAUCCAGUAAGCUUUGGUAACUGGGAUCAGCAAUGGAUGAACAACGCCAGUGCAAAUGAGGAGUCAAAACUUAUUCAAAAUGGGCCAGAGGAGAGUUCAAAGGCCGAAUUGGUGUCACCUGUUCUGUCUAUCAACCCGGAUGCAGAAACAGAACCUGUUUUGGAGAGUAAUUGCCCUCAGACGCCUGCAGCACCUGUUCACAUGCUCAGUGAUCAAACUCCAGGCAUUAUCCCCAGCUGCAGCCACCACGCAGACAUGACUGCUGAAUUGUUCAAGCCUCUGCCCUCCAGCCUAAUGUUUUCUAUGUUCAGCACUGGAGACAAGCUAGCUCAAGAUGCUCUUUUUCUUCGCCCCGCAUCCCCUUUUGCACUAGGCCCCUCAGCCCGCAUGGCAGCUGGACCCAGCUUCCUCCAGUGGUGCACACUUAAACAAGUCUAAAAUAACUGACUGUCUCUACCGGCAACUCCACACACUCACCUGAACCAGUGAUUGUUGAAAGCUACUGUUUGCUGAUUUUUUGAAAUCUUGCAAUUUUGAAAUUUGAAGUAUUUGUAUUAUAUUGUGGUUUUUAUGUUUUUUUUAUUUUUUAUUAUUGGCAAUAUUUAGAACUUUACCCAGAUGGUAAUAUCGAAAAAAAUAAGAAACGAGAAUGAAAAAUAAAUGGAAUAGUUUGUGACUGAUAAAUUAUUUUAAACUGGUGAUAUGUGUCACAUAUUGAUUUAUUAUUAUUAUUAUUAUUAUUAUUGUUGUUUAACAGGAAAAUUCUGAAGUUUUCAGUUAUUUAUCCUACUAGUUCCAGUUGUUUUUCUGUUGUAAGUAAAGUUGCAUGUUUGUUGUUUUGGAUUGCAAUCUUUUUCUUGUUUGAAUCAGACUGUGUCAGAUACUAAAAGAGAAAGUAUAAAUAUAUAUAUUUUUUGUUAGUGUGCUUGAUUGCUUGCUUUCUUGUUUGUUUUCAGGUGGAAGAUAUUUAAAAUCAUAGCAUGAUAUUGCUAUAAUCAUAGCAUGGUAUAUACAGUAUACACACAUACGCAGUGCCGUAAAAAAGGAUUUGCCUGAACUAA